AUGGCCGCAGAGCAACGCAAGCUGCUCGAGCAGCUCAUGGGCAAUCCCAUCUCCUCGUCGCACGCCAAAGUCUCCCUCACCGACCCCAAAGUCUGCCGGUCCUACAUAGUCGGCACCUGCCCGCACGACCUCUUCACCAACACCAAGCAGGACCUGGGCCCCUGCCCAAAGAUCCACUCGGAGGGCCUCAAGGCGGAGUGGGACGCCCUGCCCGAGCAGGCCAAGAAGCAGCACGACUUCGAGUACGACUACCGGCGGGACCUGCAAAAGUACAUUGACGACUGCAACCGGCGCAUCGACACGGCGCAGCGCCGCCUCGAGAAGACGCCCGAGGAGAUCCGCCAGACCAACGUCCUGCUCAAGCAGAUCUCGGACCUGUCGGCCAGUAUCAACGACGGGCUCGCCGAGGUCGUGGUCCUCGCGGACCUGGGCGAGGUGGGGAGGGCCCUCGACGACUUCUACCGCGUCCGCCAGAACCAGCAGCACAAGGCCGAGCGCGAGCGCGAGCUCAAGGCCCUCUCCGACACCUCGGGCCCCUCGGGCCACCAGAAGCUCCAGGUCUGCGACGUCUGCGGCGCCUACCUCAGCAGGCUGGACAACGACCGCCGCCUCGCAGACCACUUUUACGGCAAGAUGCACCUCGGCUACGCGCAGAUGCGCAAGACGUACGACGCCAUGCCCAAGGACUCGAGGCAUCGGCCGAGGCCCAUGGGAGGAGGCGACGAUGGCGGGAUGGGUGGCGGCGGCCGGGCGGGCGCGAUGGGCCCAGGCGGGCCGAGGGGAGACGAUGGUUGGGGCGGAGGCCCAAGGGGCCCGAGGAGAGGAGGACCUGGAGGAGGUGGUGGUGGUGGUGGCGGCGGCGGAGGGCGCAGCGGUCGUGGAUAUCGUGGUUGGUGA